GAAUUUGCAAGUUUUUGUCGAAUUUAUUGAGAAAAAAUGUCGGAAACCAGCUCCAAGGAGAAUGUUAAGACAGCAAUGACUUACAUUUGUGGCGAAUGCCAUCACGAGAAUGAGAUGCGUCCACGAGAUCCGAUCCGUUGUCGCGAGUGUGGCUAUCGUAUUAUGUACAAGAAGCGCACCAAGCGUCUUGUCGUUUUUGAUGCCCGCUAAACUGUUAACUGGACUACAACAAUUUCCAAGUGAUGGAAACUAUUUUAGAGUUUAGCUUGUAAUUGGAAUAAAUAUAAGAGACUUUUAAUCAGUUGAAAUUCAUGUUGUUUCACAUGUUUCCCCCUGGAAGACAUUGCUAAAAAUAAUAAAUAUGGGCUAUAAGAAA